AUGGCGCUUCGCAUGAUCAGUCUAAACCUUGGGUUGGAUCCACGAACAUUUCCCUUCAUCGAACGUCCAGAAUCAGAGAAGCUGAACGAUGCUUUGGAUCUACUGAAGUUUCAGGGUGUGCUAUAUCCUGAACGUGACAAUCAACUCACUGCUUUGGGCAACGCAAUCGCGAAACUUCCGGUUGAUGUUCCUAUAGCGAAGAUGCUUGUAUACGGAUGCGUGGUCAAUCAUGUGGAAGUGAUGUUAACGGUCGCCGCCGGUCUAUCCGUGCAGAGCCCUUUCACUAACCGAUCUUAUAGGGAACUGGAUGUGGUCGAGCGAAGGGCUCGUCUAACAAGCUCAAUGGGGGAUCCGUUCACUCUCAUUGAAAUCUUUAGUUUUGUCGCGAUAUUAACGCUUAUCUCUGAGGGAAUUCAGGGAGUGGGUGUUGCAAAAGUCUUCCGGAGGCAAAGUGCGACGAUGGGCUCUGGAAAACGGUAUUGA